ACCAGGAGUCUUCUCGCCGCUGGAAUAAAUAAAAUAAAAAAAUAAAUGCGUCUGCGUGUUGAAGGAGGGAGGGAGAGGACGCCGUGAGCGUUGAAGCCAUUCUCACCUUCAGUGCGCGGACGGAGCGGACAUUCUCGGCGUCUCUCGGCGUCUCCUCGCCACGCCGCCGGAUAUCUGACGGAAGCAUUUAAAAAAAAAAAGAGAGGUCAACCUGCUCGGACUCCUUCAUUUAAAGGACUAAACCUGCUAAACAUCGGAUGAUUUUCCCAGUUUCAGUUUGGACGCCAAGAAGAGGAAGAAGAAGUCAAGACGGAGCGGGAGGAAAGGAGCUUGUGACCGGCUUCAACUCUCUCAAGGGCGCGCUUCUUCCACAUCGUGUCGAUUCCCAAAAAAAAUGUGUUAAAAAGUUAUUUUUGUGGAAUAUACUCGCAAGUUCACAUUCCGACCAGAGGAUUUUUUUUUUUUCAUCGAGACCAAUUUGGUCGAGUCACGGACCACCGCGCUUCCACGAUAAAAGGACUCAUCUGCAGUGCAAGGAGAAUGAGGAGUCACCGGGGAAGGUGGAAGCAGCAUGAGUGGCCUCUGUAUCGCUGUUAGACUGACGACCCUCAUGUUUCUAUGGAAGUGGUUAACAUUAAGCCUGCUACUCAGCUUCUUGUUGGCAUGGGCCAAGGCUGCCGAGCCUGCCGUGGCCGGCUUCACUGGCUCUACAGGGACCCUGGGCUGGUUGUUGACGGGCAAGGGCCCCUUUCACCACUCGCAGGAGUUUAUUGAUUUUACAGAGCGCUACCAGCAAGGAUUCACCACCAAGUAUAAGAUAUACAGGGAGUUUGGACGAUGGAAGGUGAACAGUUUGGCCUUGGAAAGGCAAGCGAACAACGGCCUUCCUUUUCCCCUGGAUCCAGAAUUCCUCCAGACCAUUAGGCAGCUUGGAAGAAGGCCCAGUCUCAGCACCAUCACUGACAACAUUAUUAGGAAAUACGGGACACACUUCCUCCUCUCUGCCACGCUGGGAGGGGAAGAGUCUUUAAUGAUCUUUGUGGACAAGCGGAAGUUGAGUCGCUCGAGUGAACUGAGUGACACCAACGGCACGGCGGUGCCUCUGGAGGCUCUCCACCAGCUCGCCGCCUCCUACUUCACGGACAGGGAGAGCACCCUGCACAAGCUGCACCACAUCCAGAUUGCGUCCACCGCCAUCAAGGUGACUGAAACAAGGACAGGUCCUCUCGGAUGCAGUAACUAUGACAACCUGGAUUCUGUCAGCUCCGUUUUGGUUCAGAGCCCUGAAAACAAGAUUCAUUUGCAAGGCCUCCAUGCCAUUCUGCCGGAAUAUCUGAGAGCCAGCUUUGUGCAGGCAGCUCUCAGCUACAUCGGAUGUAACGAGGAGGGCCAAUUUGUGUGCCGAGACAAUGACUGCUGGUGUCAGUGUGGCGCCGACUACCCGCAGUGUAAUUGCCCCAAGUUGGAUUUGAAGUCCAUGGAAGACAGUUUGCUGAAAAUUCAAGAUUCUUGGAAAACCGCCAACCGAGACUUUGAAGAGUCAGAGGAGUUCCAGAACUUUGUUCGGAGGCUCCCCACGUCCUACGCUUUGAACACAUCAGCCAUCGAGUUCUUCUGGAGGACGGAAGCCGCCGUUAAUCAGCGCUACAAACAGCUGGAGCUCAACACCCAGCAGUUUCUGAGCAAAUCGGGACGCAUCAUCAACAAGCUCUACACCCUCAGCAAGAGGUGUCGCACCCAGCCCCAAAUCGUUAGGCUGAGUGAGAGGCCUUUCAGCUACUGGCUGAACUACAUCCUCUCCAUCAUGUACUGCAGUGAAAACAGUCACGUCGGCUCAUACUUGGAGGCCACCCGAAGUUGUUCCUGUCCCUACGAGCACCCCCCCUGCCAGAGCAUGAUACCCUGCACCGUCGGCGAGGGGACCCUCUGCGCCUCCUGCUCCUACGAGAACCGCUCGCGCUGCGCCACCUGCAACCCGGGUUACAUGCUCAGCCAGGGCGCGUGUCGCCACGAAGUCCCGGACUCCAUCGACCAUUACAUCGGCUUUGAGACGGACCUGCAGGACUCGGAGUUGCGCUACCUCCUGCAGAAGCGCGACAACCGCAUCAACGUCCACGGGAUAUUCGUCAGCAACGACGUCAGGCUGAGCGACUGGUUCGACCCGUCGUGGAGAAAGCGGAUGCUGCUGACUCUGAAAAGUAACAAGUACAAGUCCAACCAUGUCCACAUGCUGCUGGGGAUUUCUGUUCAAAUUUGCCUUACCAGGAACAUCACGUUGGACCCCAUGCUGUCCGUCUACAUCAAUCCAUUCGGGGGAAGUCACUCGGAGAGUUGGAUCAUGCCCACGGAGCAGAACUACCCGGACUGGCAGAGGACUAAAUUAGACCUUCCCCACGACUGCGAGAACUGGACUCUGACUUUAGGCAACAAGUGGAAAACCUUUUUCGAGACGGUUCACUUUUACCUGCGAAGCCGCAUCAAAGGCCCUGCGAGUACUGGGAACGGAACGGUGUUUUAUGAACCCUUGGAGUACCUAGAACCGGGGCAGAAUCUUGGCUACAUGAAGAUAAAUAGCAUUCAGGUGUAUGGUUAUAGCAUGCACUUUGACCCCGAAGCCAUCCAGGACUUGAUUUUACAGCUGGACUACCCGUACACGCAGGGAUCGCAGGACUCGGCCCUGCUGCAGCUGCUGGAGAUCCGGGAUCGGGUGAACCGGCUUUCGCCACCCGGGCCCCAGCCUUUGGAUCUCUUCUCGUGUCUGUUGCGCCACCGGCUCAAGCUCUCCACCACGGACGUGGCCAGGAUCCAGGCCGCCUUGCAGGAUUUCAGCGCCAAGCAGCCCAAGUCGACGGAAUACGAAACGACCAAAUUAUGUAGCUAAUAAGCGGGCGGGGAGCCAAGGUGCACAGAUGGCAGAACUGUUACCGCACGGACUCCUGAGGACGCUUAAGAGCAAUUCUGGAUCAGUUUGAGGGACAUUAUCAAUGUCAUCACCAAUCUCAUUAGUCCACUUGAGACGUCAGCCUUCACAAAAAGUCUGGCAUUUCAUUCAUUUCCUCAGAAAAAGGACAUAAGAGUGUCUAACUUGGUCAUCACUGAUGAGUUAGCGCCAUGCAAAAGGGACAAACUGCAAAGAAUAAGCCUUUUGUAACAUUAAAGGCCUACUGAAAUGAGAUUUUUUUAUUUAAACGGGGAUAGCAGGUCCAUUCUAUGUGUCAUACUUGAUCAUUUCGCGACAUUGCGCAUAUUUUUGCUGGAAGGAUUUAGCAGAGAACAUCGAUGAUAAAGUUCGCACAUUUUGGUCGCUAAUAAAAAAGCCUUGCCUGUACCGGAAGUGGCAGACGAUGUGCGCGUGACGUCACGAGUUGUGGAGCUUCUCACAUCUGAUCAUUGUUUACAAUCAUGGCCACCAGCAGCGAUAGCGAUUCGGACCGAGAAAGCAAUAGAUUCCCCAUUAAUAUGAGCGAAGAUGAAAGAUUCGUGGAUGAGGAAAGUGAGAGUGAAGGACUAGAAAAAAAUACUAGGAUAAAAUGGCUUCAAGGUGGCAGAAGGGUUAGUGCGUCUGCCUCACAAUACGUGGCCAUUCUAUGUGUCAUACUUGAUCAUUUCGCGAUAUUACCAUAUUUUUGCUGGAAGGAUUUAGCAGAGAACAUCGAUGAUAAAGUUCGCACAUUUUGGUUGCUAAUAAAAAAGCCUUGCCUGUACCGGAAGUAGCAGACAAUGUGCGCGUGACGUCGCGAGUUGUGGAGCUUCUCACAUCUGAACAUUGUUUACAAUCAUGGCCACCAGCAGCGAUAGCGAUUCGGACCGAGAAAGCAAUAGAUUCCCCAUUAAUAUGAGCGAAGAUGGAAGAUUUGUGGAUGAGGAAAGUGAGAGUGAAGGACUAGAAAAAAAUACUAGGAUAAAAUGGCUUCAAGGUGGCAGAGGGGUUAGUGCGUCUGCCUCACAAUACGUGGCCAUUUGUCAUACUUGAUCAUUUCGCGAUAUUGCCAUAUUUUUGCUGAAAGGAUUUAGCAGAGAACAUCGAUGAUAAAGUUCGCACAUUUUGGUUGCUAAUAAAAAAGCCUUGCCUGUACCGGAAGUAGCAGACGUUGUGCGCGUUACGUCACGAGUUGUGGAGCUCCUCACAUCUGAACAUUGUUUACAAUCAUGGCCACCAGCAGCGAGAGCGAUUCGGACCGAGAAAGCAAUAGAUUCCCCAUUAAUAUGAGCGAAGAUGAAAGAUUCGUGGAUGAGGAAAGUGAGAGUGAAGGACUAGAAAAAAAUACUAGGAUAAAAUGGCUUCAAGGUGGCAGAGGGGUUAGUGCGUCUGCCUCACAAUACGUGGCCAUUCUAUGUGUCAUACUUGAUCAUUUCGCGAUAUUGCGCAUAUUUUUGCUGAAAGGAUUUAGCAGAGAACAUCGAUGAUAAAGUUCGCACAUUUUGGUUGCUAAUAAAAAAGCCUUGCCUGUACCGGAAGUAGAAGACGAUGUGCGCAUGACGUCACGAGUUGUGGAGCUUCUCACAUCUGAACAUUGUUUACAAGCAUGGCCACCAGCAGCGAUAGCGAUUCGGACCGAGAAAGCAAUAGAUUGCCCAUUAAUAUGAGCGAGGAUGAAAGAUUCGUGGAUGAGGAAAGUGAGAGUGAAGGACGAGAAAAAAUACUAGGAUAAAAUGGCUUCAAGGUGGCAGAGGGGUUAGUGCGUCUGCCUCACAAUACGAAGUUCCUUCAGUCCUGGGUUCAAAUCCAGGCUCGGGAUCUUUCUGUGUGGAGUUUGUAUGGUUUCCCCGUGAAUGUGUGGGUUCCGUCCGGCUUCCUCCCACUUCCAAAGACAUGCACCUGGGGAUAGGUUGAUUGGCAACACUAAAUUGGCCGUAGUGUGUGAAUGUUUUGAUUGAUUGAUUGAUACUUUUAUUAGUAGAUUGCACAGUUCAGUACAUAUUCCGUACAAUUGACCACUAAAUGGUAACACCCGAAUAAGUUUUUCAACUUGUUUAAGUCGGGGUCCACGUUAAUCAAUUCAUGGUAGUGAGUGUGAAUGUUGUCUGUCUAUCUGUGUUGGCCCUGCGAUGAGGUGGCGACUUGUCCAGGGUGUACCCCGCCUUCCGCCCGAGUUUAGCUGAGAUAGGCGCCAGCGCCCCCCGCAACCCCAAAAGGGAAUAAGCGGUAGAAAAAAAUGAAUGGAUGGAAUUCUGGAAAAUCCCUUAGCUGCUUAUUGUGUUACUAGUGUUUUAGUGAGAUUACAUGGUCGUACCUGAAAGUCGGAGGGGUGUGACCGCCAGUGUCUUCCAUGGAAGCCACGUUUCUCGACGAGGCAAGGCAGCCGGGC